UCUUGGACCGAAAUGGUCCAACGCAUUGGACGUCUUGCCCCAUACCUCUGGCCUACGAAGAGCGCACCUCUGCAACUUCUUGCUGGUUUAUGCAUUAUACUUUUGAUCCUCGGUCGUGCUGUUAACGUGCUCUUGCCAUUGUCCCUUGGAGAGUUAGUACGCACCUUCGAGGAUAAAAGUGGUCGGUCUCCCUGGUUCUAUCUUUUCGGAUAUGUUGGUUUGAGAUUCUUGCAAAGUGGUGGAGGUAUCGCGGCUCUGCGUGAUAGCCUUUGGGCUCCCGUCAUGCAAUACUCCGACCGUGAAAUGUCACAACUGUCGUUCGACCACUUGCUGAAUCUCUCUUUCGCUUUCCACAUGCGUCGUAAGACUGGUGAAAUCUUGCGAAUUCUUGACCGUGGUUCUGCAGUAAAUCGCACCUUUGAACUUAUCUUGUUCAACAUCAUCCCGACAUUCUUCGAUAUAAUCAUUGCUCUUGUCGUCUUUUGUGUAAUGUUCGAUUGGACGCUUUCCGCCGUAAUUUUUGUGGUGAUGUUUGCGUAUGUGGCUGCCAGUGUCGUCCUCACCAGAUAUCGCACAAAACUGCGUAGGGAAAUGAACGAUCGUGAUGUUGUAACUCGCGGUAUUCACACUGAUUGCCUGCUCAACUACGAGACGGUCAAAUAUUUCGGUGGUGAGCAACAUGAAGGUGAACGAUACCGCGACGCUAUCAGACAGUAUCAAUCUCUUGAAUACAAGGUCAUGGUUUCGCUCAAUCUUCUGAACCUCGUGCAGAACUUUAUUAUCACUCUUGGGCUGCUUGUCGGAUCUAUGAUCGUUGCCCUCCGCGUUACUCGCGGUCAGUCUUCUACAAGUGAUUUUGUAAUCUUCAUCACCUACCUCUCCCAACUCUAUGGUCCCCUCAAUAACCUCGGAUUUGUUUAUCGCUCGGUCAACCAAUCGCUCGUUGAUACUGAACGCUUGCUUAAACUUCUUAACGAGCCUUCUGAUGUCAAUGAUAGUCCAGAUGCUCCAGAUCUCAUUGUUGACAACGGUGAGGUCGAGUUUGAAAACGUCAGCUUUUCUUACGAUGGUCGCACCACCGCCCUCAACGGAGUCUCCUUCAAGGUUCCCAAGGGCUCUUCUGUUGCCCUCGUUGGCGAAUCUGGUGCUGGAAAGUCUACAGUCCUUCGUCUUCUGUAUAGGUUUUAUGAUUUGAAGCCGGGUGAAGGGCGUAUUUUGAUAGAUGGCCAGGAUAUCCGUGAUGUUACCCAGGGAAGCUUGAGGAAGGCCAUUGGUGUGGUACCUCAAGAUUCUGUCCUCUUCAAUUCCAGCAUUGGUUAUAACAUUGGAUACGGCAAGUUCGGUGCAUUACAAGAUGAAAUUGAAAUCGCCGCUCAAGCUGCGCAAAUGCAUGAACGCAUUCUGAGCUUCCCUGAUGGCUAUGACACGAAAGUUGGCGAACGUGGUGUGCGGUUGAGUGGAGGCGAGAAGCAGCGAGUGGCGAUUGCAAGGACGUUAUUGAAGAAUCCGCCUAUUUUACUCCUUGAUGAAGCUACCAGCGCACUCGAUACCUCGACUGAAAAAGAUAUCCAGAAAGCUUUACAGAACUUACAGCGUGGAAGAUCAUCGUUGUCGAUUGCUCAUCGUCUCUCCACCAUUGCUUCUGCAGACAUCAUUCUAGUUCUCAAGGAUGGACAAAUCGCCGAACAAGGAAGUCACAAGGAAUUGCUCGCUUUGGAUGGUAUCUUUGCCUCGAUGUGGGCCGAUCAGAUAUCUUCUUCGGAAGACCCUGUUUUCAUUACUCAACCGGACAAGGACGUAGCAGAUGGAUAUGAUGUUGGGCAAAUUGAGGCUGAAAGACAAGCAGCCGAAACUGAGACACAGCCCGCCGCACAAAAUGAGGGUGCAGAACAAUCGACCAUUGUUGACUCUCCUCAGGUGAUCUCGGUACCUCUGGAGAAUGUCGAUGAUGUCCCUGCAGUUGAAUCGGAAGGCGUACCCGCCCCUGAAGAACCUCCAGUGGUACCCUUGAAAGAUACCGAAGCAACUAUUUCUUUCCCAUCUUCAGAUGCACCUACCGCUUUCCCCUCCACUGAACCUGAAGUAUCUGCUUCACCAGCACCCCUGGCAUUCCCUAUUUCAAAUGAUUCGGGAUCACAACAGGCCCACUCGGAACGCGCUCCCUCACAGCCUCAUGCUCCUGGUGUGACUUUCGGCGCUAGUGUUGGAUCCCCACCAUCGCGUACUGGUACUCCUGACCCCGAAGGGGAACCUAAGCGCAGACGUAUUGGAUCUCAGAACUUCCAACGAUUAGCGCGACGGAUAUCAGUAACGGCUCGUUCAGGAACUGUGUCUAAUAUCCCGUUCUUGCCUGGUCUUAAACGAGAUGCUUCCACUGUGUCUGCCAGCUCAGCAGCGAAAGAUGAAGGGGCAGAGAGCAGCGCACGUAACUCGAACGACAGUCCAGCAGGCAGCAUAUCCAGUGACCCACAAGCGGGUAAGAAGAAAAAGGAGAAGAAAGAUAAGAAGAGGAUGAGCUUUAUCUAGACGAAGCUCUGUGUUUGCUGUUUGGAUCCAUGUUCCUGGUAUAUACACUUAUUUACGAAUGGUUUCUUUGCUAUUCAUUUUUCCUCUUUUCACGACCUGUUACGACUCCUCAUGCUUCCACUGUCUUCACUUUGUUUACUUUAGUAGUGAAUCUCGUGCCAUCUCCAUUUUCCCGUUUCCAUCUGCUACCUGCACACCUUGUUUCAUAUUUCAAUUUAUCAGAGGCAAUUCCUGCAUACUUCUCUCUAACAUGACAUUACAUCUGUCUAGAAAAUAGGAUCUCAUUCGGUUUCGGUUUUGUUUAUAUGCUUAGAUGCUUAG